CAAAGUGUUCCUCCAAGAACCUGUUACGCCUGUGUAAUUUUGACGCAAGCUCUAGGUCCAUUCGUUCUUUGUCUUGGACAUGCUCUUCUUUCUCCCCUGCAUCUCCUAGCCCCCUUCGCUUAGCUAGCCCCUGCCUUUAACCCUCCCCUCUUCAUCAACAUCCGACUCGACCAUGUUCUUUCGACAAGGCUAGGUUGAAGUCGCCGUCAAGAGCCUCAUCUCCUCCUCAGACGCCGUGAGACUUUGGCCCUACGCCCAUCUGUCGAAAUGUCCUUCAUUGACGAUGAUGUUCGACGUGUCGAUGCCAUCUUGGACAAGUUCCAACUGAAUGAAGCCCAAGAACGGUCCGUCUCAGCCGGUGCUCUGGCCGUGGACACUCCGGCUCCUCCCCAAGAAGAUGCUCGAACCCUCCAGUUGAAAGCAGUUAUUAGAGCCCUCUCCACCACCUCAAGUUCAAGACCCUUAUUGCGCCGCUCAAAGGUUCGCGAGUUUCUGGUGCAGGUUGCUAAGAAGAAGGGACAAUUGUCGACGGAAGAAGUGUCAGUGGACACCUCCAACCUAGAAUGGAUAGCUGUAGGCAAGGCCACCAUUCAGGUUUAUGGCUCGAUCCUCAAUUCCCUGUUGGACCGCACAAUUCCCUUGAGUGAGUCUAUCUGGUACUGGGAUGACGUACUGUCCUCAUAUACAAAUACCGCACUCUACACCUUUCAGAUGUCCCCCAUACGGCUGUGGAAACAGUCCAAGGAAGUGUACGCCGACGCUCGGCAACGCUUUAGCUCUGGGUCGAACUUGAGGGCGUCCGCACAACAAGCCACUUGGUCUAUCUCGCAAAGUUGGCAGGAGUUUUAUAGACUCGUCAGACGCAGCAUCAAGGAACGAUCUCUUGCUCAUGCUCAAAGCCGAAUUCUCUCUCCAUUCUCCAUUGCUCGAAUUCAGAUCCGACAGAAUUUGAACCAAAUUACCACUCUACGCAAGACAAGUGCUUGUUCCAUUGGCCAAUUGGUGCGUGAAUGUCUGGUAUUUGAUGGUGCGCCAGAAGAUCGCAAACACGGCGCCUUGCCCCAGUAUUCAGCUGCGGAAGAAGAAGACUGGCAAACAACCAUUGCCAAGACCGUAAAUCUUCUCGCAAAUGCGACGAGAGGCGAAGAAGAACACCGAGGUCAUGAUUCAUUAGACCCCAAUACUGCCUCGAGUGUCGAAGUUGCUCACGCUCUCAUCAAAAUCCUUGACACCCACCUUCCUCAGCAAGAGCAUAACGCCAAUCUCAGGAGAGAACAAUACGGCAAGCCUUCAAGAUUGAUUCGGUACUGGAUCCCCGCCGUUGGACUGCUCCUAUCUGGGAGCACAAUCCUAAGGAUAUUAUCCAACAGGAGAGCGGAAAUUGCGCAAUGGUUCCGAGAUCUAGGCCAGACAGCAAUCGACUUUUGGGCCAACUGGGUGGUGGAGCCUGUCACCAGACUGAUUGGAACCAUUCGGCACGAUGAGACUAGUGAAAUAGCCAUCCAGAGCAGAGACAGUUUACAGGCCGAUCGGGACAGUCUGGAACGCAUGGUGGUUGACUUUGCGGUACAACAUCCCGAGAAUGGAACAGCUUUCACUGCGUCUCAAAUCAACGAGAUUCGCGCCAAAGUGAAGCAAGGUGAUCUAACCCCUGUGCUCAAAGCAUACGAACGGGAGAUGCAGAGCCCUAUCAAGAACGCCGUGGCAGGCAAUCUGAUCCGAACUCUUUUGAUCCAGGUUCAGAAAACCAAGGUUGAUGUCGAGGUUGCCAUUGGUGGAAUCGACUCUCUUUUGAAAAGUCAAGAACUCUUAUUCGGAUUCGUGGGCAUUGCACCAGGUGUCGUGAUCUCUUGGGCCUUGUUUUCCUGGGUGGCAAACACAUUCGGUGGUCGAAGAGGCCUCAAGCAAGGACAGAAGAAAGGCGAGGCACUUCGAUUGAUUCGCAACAUUGACCGGACCCUGACCAACUCCGACCUCGACGAUGAAGCCAUAAUCUCCGAGGAGAACCAUGGAUUACUUUUAUGUGAAACACAUCUUUUACGACAGCGGGCUGCUCUCGUCUUGCCAAAAACCGUCCGGAGAGAGUUUCUGGAAGAUUUGGAUGAUCUACUCGAUGUCAAGGGUGGAGUUCAUCGACAGAUCAAUACACUUCGCAGGAUAGAAUGGGCGUAUGCUAAGUGGCUGCAAUGAGUAAUGAGCAUAGAGCCACCUUGAUACUACCUAGGUCUAUACGAAUACGCUUUGAAACUAGAUCUCCCUUCCAAGCGUGAUCUCUUCUGAGCAAUUGUGUUUGAUAUCUGAGAGCUUGGAGCAGAUAUAGAGUAGAAUCUAGACCAUGUAGUCUGAAUUACAA